UGCUUGCAGAUCAAAAAAAUUUUUUUUUUACCCAAACAAAAACCAGACACAGUAAUUAACUAACUAUACAUACACACAGCGUGAAUCCUUGUCUCCUCUUAAUGAUGGAAUCUCACCAUCACCACCCCCCUCUCCAAAAACCCAAGCUCGAAGACGACGACGACGACCGAACCAGAAACAACCCCGACGGAAAACCCCAGCACCCUCGUCAAGACGACGACGACGACGAGCAGGAGGAGGGCCUCGUCGCCCUCAUCGCUCACCGCGCCCACGAGGUCGAGCACAACAGGAACCGCAUCUCCCACUACAAGUCUCAGCUGGAAGUUUCGGAGAGGAGGCUGAAGGAGUCGCGAGUCUCAGGCUCGCCCGCCUCCGAUCGCGGCGAUCCGCAGCCAAGGCCGCCGCCGCGCCCCAGUGAAACUGGAGGCGGCGUUCCUUCGCCGGCAGCAUCUCGUCCGCCUCCGCCGGCGGCGUCUCGGCCGCAACUCACCAUCCUGCGGUCAACGCCGCCGCCGCCGCCGCCGGCCUCCGUGAAGAGAGAGCCUGAGAGUAGACCAUCGCCGCCGCAGCCGAAGGCGAAGAAGAAGCCAAAAAGGGUUCUUGAGAAGAGAGAGCAUGAGGAUUUGAUCCCGAGCAUUUGCAGUAGCUCGUCGCCUUGCACCAUUAGGUUCCAGGGCAGUACUCAUAUUUCGAGCCAGCAUAAGAGGAAGCUGAGGAGUCUUGCACUUAGCCCGGUUAAUGAUCAAAUGUUUAUUACAAGUGCUUUGGAUGGAGUUGUAAGCCUAUGGCAAUUGCAGUCCAAAGGGCAUAGUGCAUCAUUACUAAGCACAACUGACUGUUUAUCCCCAAAGCAAAGGAGAUGGCCUGAAGAUAUUACUUGGCACCCUGAUGGAGACAGCCUAUUUGCUGUGUACAGCGCUGAUGGUGGUGAUUCUCAGAUAUCGGUUUUGGAUCUGAAUCUUUCAGGAGACAAAAAAGUUACUUUCUUACAAGAAAAGCCUCACCUCAAGGGUAUUAUAAACAGCAUAAGUUUCAUGCCAUGGUCCGAUCUUUGUUUUGCAACGGGUGGGAGUGAUCAUGCUGUGAUACUUUGGAAUGAGAAGGAUGAUUUAUGGAAACCGAAGACUAUUCACAGGAACCAACAUUCUUCUGCAGUAAUGGGAGUUGCGGGGUUGCAGCAACGGAAAGUUAUAUUAUCUGUUGGUGCAGAUAAAAGGAUUGUUGGAUAUGAUUUGUUGUCCGGACGAGCUGAAUUCAAGUAUCAGAUUGAAUACAAAUGCAUGAGCGUGCUGCCAAACCCAUCGGAUUUCAAUUUGUUCAUGGUGCAAUCAGGGCAACCAGGGAAGCAACUUCAAUUAUUUGAUAUCAGGCUAAGGCAAACUGAGAUUCAUGCUUUCGGCUGGAAGCAAGAGAGCAGUGAGUCCCAAUCUGCCCUAAUCAAUCAAGCUUGGUCACCUGAUGGCCUCUAUUUGUCGUCAGGAUCAGCUGAUCCCAGGAUCCAUAUCUUUGACAUCAGAUACAAAGCUUCUAAUCCCUCGCAGUCAGUGCAAGCUCAUCAGAAACGAGUUUUUAAAGCUGUGUGGCAUCGGUCGAUUCCAUUGCUUACUUCUAUAUCUUCUGAUCUUAAUAUCGGUUUACACAGAAUCGCGUAAAAGAAUUAUGCGUCCUGGUAGAGAUCUGUUUGCUCUUUGUAUGUUGAUGUUUAUCUCGGCAGAUGUGGGGAAUAUAUUAAAAAAAAACCCCCAUUUUGAGGUCUAAGAGCAACUGUCUGCUAAUAGCCUAAUUCUAUUGCAGAACAUUUGCUCAGUAGCAGAAAAUUUACGUCUUGAAUAUUUUUGUUUCCUGCUGUAUCAGUUAGUAUUAGAGGGAUAUGUAUGUACGAACGUGUAAUUCUAUUGGAAAUUUACAGGAAAAGUUUUGUGAA